AUGAGUCAAGUCUGCUUAUUUUUUAAGAAGAUUAUUAUACGUAUCGCUAUGGACGCCACCAAGAAUGGAUGGACGAGCGUGAGACCGGAGAGCGAUGAAGAGCGAUUCGGUAUGCGGUCGCAAGAACCGCAAACCGCCUUCGACAAGAUCGAAGCCGAGCGUAGCACUAUCGAGAUCGAUCGCGUGCUUUGGGCGUUUUGCCAGUUCGCCGACCUAGACUUCGUGGAGAAAUUGGCAGCAUCUGAUGAUGCUUGGAAGCGAGGGACCAAUCUUUCGCACGCGGCGAUGGAUGCCGUAAGGCUCUGGCAACAAAAGCCAGAAGUAAAGAACGACGUCGCAUUCUCCAACGCCGUCGUACCCGUCUCUCGCCCCCAUACUGCCUCCGGGAAAGCAUCGCGGACAAGAUCAGGACGAAGUGAGGACGGCCAAGAGGCCAGCCUUGGAAAAUCAGCGGUUGUCGCAGCUCGCUGUAAAGAUCGAGACGGCAACCUUUGUGCCGUAUCAAGGACAAAGGAUGCAGAAGCGGUUAGUAAAAUCCCUGAACGAAUUUUCACCUACUUUGCAGGUUUCUACGUUGAUGUAGGCUGCAGGCCUGCUGAGUUUGCAGUAGCACCUUCAGCGUAUCCUCGCGAUGUCUGGCGCGACGAAGCUUUCGAUGACGACGACGACGGCGACGAUGAUGCGGAUGGCGUGCCUGCUCGGGAUGUUGACGGCUGGACCCGACAACUCCCUGAAUCACCCUCCGGCUAUCAAAGCCCUCCAGCCAACGGGCUAGAGGACAUAUGCUUUGGUAAAUGA